AAACAGUUGUGUCCGUCAAUCCGCGCGAAACGAGGAAACACAAAAAGUCAAAAUAACUUUUCGAUUCUUUUCUUUUUCUCCUCUCUUGCUUGCUUUUUUCGGGGCCACGGCACAAAGUCGAUACCGUGAACCCAAAAGGAAGAACCACACGGCUUUUGUUUGGACUAGGUUUGAAAAGUGCCGAUUCAGCAGCGCCCGACCAGAGCCGUUCCGCAAAAUUGCGUCGUGGAAUCAGCAGUAGUAGGAACACUGACAGGAUUCGCCCCAGCGGGAACCGACUGCAGUUUGGCUUGAUAGUUUCGUUUGCAAAAGACACAACAGGCAGAGUCUGAGGUAAAAUGGCGAACAUGGCAGUGUCCCGCAUCAAACGAGAAUUCAAGGAGGUUCUGAAAAGUGAAGAAAUUGUUCAGUGUUCUAUCAAAUUAGACAUCGUAAAUGACAACUUUACAGAGCUGCGCGGGGAAAUUGCCGGCCCUCCGGACACACCGUACGAGGGUGGAAAAUUCCUGCUUGAAAUUAAGGUUCCAGAAACGUAUCCGUUCAACCCACCGAAGGUCAAAUUCAUCACCAAGAUCUGGCACCCGAACAUUUCCUCCGUGACCGGUGCCAUCUGUCUGGACAUCCUGAAGGACAACUGGGCCGCGGCGAUGACGCUGCGGACGGUGCUGCUGUCGCUGCAGGCCCUGCUCGCCGCGGCCGAACCGGACGACCCGCAGGACGCGGUCGUGGCGACGCAGUACAAGGACAACCACGAGAUGUUCAUACUGACGGCCAAGCACUGGACGAACGCGUACGCCGGCGGGCCGUGCCGCAACGCGGACUUUGACCAGAAGGUGCAACGGUUACGCGACAUGGGCGUGGAGGACUACGAGGCGCGUGCGGCCCUGUCGCGGCACAACUGGCACCUGGAGCGUGCCUCGGAGCAGUUGUUUAGUUAGUUGUUGUAAGAAAGGAGCUUGUGGGUGGUCGCGGUCGUCGUCUUCAUUGUCGAAAAAAAGGUAAAAGAGAGAAGGGAGAGGGGGUGGAAACGCAGUCAACUCUGGCCCGUUUGCGACAUAAACAUUUACUUUUUAUACAUGAAAGAAAAACUGAAAAGACAUGAACACGAUAUUUAUGCUAUAAGGAGCUUGAGCUGCUGCGCAGGACUAAGGUGAUAAAACGUAAUGUAAAAGAAACAACAACAACAAGCUGAAAAUUAAACCACUGUCAUUUUCUUUGUUUCCUCGUCUGCUACUAAAAUUCUAAAAUUCACGUGUACACUGGCGUACUUUCUAGAACUUGACCCUUUUACAAUUACGCUCCUUUUUGUUUGUUUUUAUUUUCGUAACACGAUGGAUUCGGAAAUCUUCCCACACUCACACACACAUCAUGAACCACAAUCAAUUUAGUUAUGAACAAGUUUUGAACACAAUGAUUAAUGCUGUUAUAAGAAUUGUAAAUUUAAUAAAUAUACUUAAGAAAGA